GGGCUAAAAACUGCUUAUUGAAAGCGGAGGCAAGCGGCGAGGCAGCGGACACAAGACGCACCGGCAUCCCCUGGAACAAAGCAUCCCACGAAGGACACUCGGAGCGCGAAGCGACACCCUGUUUACCGGCGAGCGUUUGCCCGAGUAGAAGCGGAGAUGCAGUUCCACUCAUGGCGGAUGUGACCUGCUUGCAUUUACAUUAUGCAACAUGCACACAGCAGCAGGUACAGUACACCUGUACUGCCUAAUAAGGUCAAAGGAAACCCUUCAUCACGCUCAGGUGUCACCGUCCCAAAGGACACCAGAAGCACUGAGGACAAGCCAGUCCAGCGGUCCAAGUCCUUCAGCUUUAAGACCCAGAAGGAGGUGUGUACAUCAUGUGACAAGACUGUCUACCCCAUGGAGAGACUGGUGGCCAACAACCAGGUCUUCCACUCCACUUGCUUCUGCUGCAAGCACUGCAACGCUAAACUCAGCCUGGGCAACUUUGCCGCUCUCCAGGGCGAGUUCUACUGCAAGCCUCAUUUCCAGCAGCUGUUCAAGAGCAAAGGUAACUACGACGAGGGCUUCGGACGCAAGCAGCACAAGGAGCGCUGGGCCUCCAAGGAGACGGACAACAUCACCAAGACGGCGUGAAUACCGGCGUCCGCAGCACGGUGACAUCACCCGCCCACUAGCUUAUCCUUCUUCUUUUAAACGCCACAACCGCUUGGAAAUCCCUUCACAACACUUUAAACAAACCUCCGUGUUCUUUUUCCCCUUCAUGACCAAAACCUUCUCUGCCGUACGAGCGGGAACAUGUAACUCUUUUUCAUUGUUGUUGUUGUUGUUGUUGUUCUUCAUAUGAAUGAUUUGCACCCAUUUUGUAUUCUGUAUGAUCAUGCAAACGCCAUUUAUAAAAAAACAUACACGCACGCACGCACACACACACACACACACGUGCACUCAGGUCAACUUUCUUUACUGGCAGUGUCCCCCAAGGAUUUUAUAAAGGUUUUUACCUUGGCUCAGUGUUUCUCAAACUGUUUUCACCAAGUCUUAAAACACCAUAACCAACAGUAAGAUACAGUAGAGUAGUAGGCCUACGCAUUCAUUAAAAACAGCGUUUUUAUUUAGCAAGUAUAUUUAAUAUUUUGAGCCACUUUAAAAUUGCACACUGUUUGAACAGUAGCACUGUGUUUGAAUAUUUAAAUAUUUUACCACUACAGUUUGAGAAUCACUGAUUAGCUCAAUUAAAAACCGCCGUAACCGUUCUGAGGUGCGUCCAUGCCGCACGCGGGGGGUCUAACAGGGUACGCGAUGUUACUAGACAACAGCUCACCUCGCGGGUUUGCGUCAUUCCGACGUUGGGUCACUGUUCUUGUUAUUUAUUGUUUGUGUUCUCUUGAGGUUGCUUUCACACUCUUGUUCGGUGUUGAAACGGCAAAUAUCCCUUGCCACAUCGCACUUAAGUUUUUUUUUUACGCAGAUUUGAUGUAUUUUAGGCCUAAAUUGACUAUAUAGUACAGUAGUAUCGACCACUAGGUGAGACUAAACUAGAGUGCGCUAUUUCAGUAUCCUGGUUACUGAUUGGCUCAGCCUAAGGCAGCAUUUAGCCGAGCGUAGAGGUGACACUAUGGGUGUUGUUUCAAAUUGAGGGCUUUCAUAAUGGUAAAAAACUAGCUUUAUAAAAUAUUCAACUUAUUAAUAAUACAUUAAUUCCUACUUUGGUCAGGUUCGGAACCAACAAAGUGAUAGACAAGGUUUUACUUUAUGUAAAGAAAUGGAUUUGAAGGGUCGCCCUCUGCUCUCAACGUCUGUGGGUACAACAACGGCGCUCUUGAAAAGUAUAUUUUACCACCUUUUGUCCUCCAGAAUAUAAAAAUAACCCAAUAGACAGCAUUUUGGUUUGGAGUGCAGCCCAAAAAAAAAUAUUUUCCAUUUAAAAUUUAAAUAUUUUUUUAUUUUUCAUUAAUCAAUCCAACAAUUUAAUAAACAAUAAUAGCAUAAUAAUACAAUUCCAAAACCAAACCCAGCAACAUUUAAAAUAGCAAUCAAAAGAGUGACUGCGAGGACACACAAACAUGACACAAAACAAUCCAAAAGUAGUCAAAGAAAAGAAUAUAAACAACAAUAUCAAUAUUAAUAAGAAUUCCAACAUAGUGAUUAGAUAUCCCUCAUUGACAUUAUCUUCACAGCCAUUUAUAAAAACUAAAAGCAUUAAAAAAACUAAAUUAAUAGUGUCACAGUGGCUUACACUUGCAUCACAUCUCAUAAGCUUGACAACAUUGUGUCCAAUAUUUUUCACAAAGAUAAAAGAAGUCAUAUUUUAGGUCAGGGGUCGGGAACCUUUUUGGCUGAGAGAGCCAUGAAAGCCAAAUUUUUUAAAGUGUAUUACCGUGAGAGCCGUAUCAUAUGUUUUAACAGUGAAUACAACUAAAUGCGUGCAUUUUUUAAGUAAGACCUACAUUUUUAGAGUAUAAGUCUUAUAUUUAUAUCAUUUUUAUUCUGAAGCUAACCAAUAACAAAUAAAAUACUUCUUUGGCAACACUAAAUUGGCCCUAGUGUGUGAAUGUGAGUGUGAAUGCCGUCUGUCUAUCUGUGUUGGGCCUGUGAUGAGUUGGCGACUUGUCCAGGGUGUACGCCGCUUUCUGCCCAAAUGCAGCUAAGAUAGGCUCCAGCAACCCCCGCGACCCCAAAAGGGACAAGUGGUAGAGAAUAUAUGGAUGGACUUCUUACCAUUGAUGUGACUUAUUGAACAGGUGCGGUUGAAAACGGAUGGAUGGAUUAAAAUGCAUAAGAAUGUUUUAUAUGUUAAACGUUAUUUUUAACACCGAUUACUGGCGGAAUUAUUCAUUACUAAUCGUGUUAAGUAAUGUCAGCUUAGAUGUAUUUGAGAGCCAGAUGCAGUCAUCAAAAGAGCCACAUCUGGCUCUAGAGCCAUAGGUUCCCUGCCCCUGUUUUAGGUUAAUUUAAUAGUUAAAACAAAUUUAAAUAAUGGAUAAAAUGUCAAUCUAAUGAACCUGUCCCAGACACCCCAAAAUAGUAAAUAGUAGUUUUACUUGCAGAAAACGACAUGAACUAUGUAUGAAUGGACUUUUAAUAUUGCUUUCCCUUAAAUUGGAAACUCUUGAGUGGAGAGAGAGAGAGACAAAGGGAUCGACCAUGUUUGCUGCAAGUUCAAAGAGCUGGCACUCACACCUUUUUUUGGCCCCUCGGAGAAUUAUCACAGCUAUUUUUGUUUGGUUGUACGCUGAGUGGAAUGGUAAAUGAAAACCGGCCCAAAGUCUUCUAUGAAAACCCGCCUUGUACAAUAAGUGGGGUGUACGAAAACGCAGGUCAGGAAGCGUACUAAGUCUUACCUUAUGGAAAUGUUUUGUUCCGUAACAAUGAGCCAAUCACACAGAGUGUUUUUUGAUUCUGUAGCAGAAUACGGAAGCACGAGUGUGAACGCAUCCAUCGUCCUAACGUGCACAUUGUUGGUACGAGCUGGUCCUGACGACCAUAGUUUAAUACGCUCUCAGCCUUUCGUAUCCUCCUUUCGCUUUCGUUUCCGCCCCAGUGCAAGCGCUUGGACCGAGUUGAUGUUUUCCCUUUUUCUCUGAGCCGUCAUCCCUGCCAGCCUCGGACUGUUUUUGUAAAGUAUCUGUACAUACAGCUUUACUUUGUGAUUGCUCAACAUCUUCCCCCCCACCUUCCAUCCUCCUUCAUUCGCCACAUUGAACCCCCGUGUCGUGUUGUCCAAGGACGUCCAUGGUUGGAAGACAACAGUUGUGCCAUCUUGCAGGGGUGGGAAUCUUUGUGCACCGAACGAUUCCAUUCUAGUUGAUUCCAUUGAAGAUUUUUCAAAACUGGCAAGGAGAUGGUCUCUAAACAUUUUUUAAAAAUGCGUUCUUAUAAAUGGAUUUUUAAAAAUAAUGAAUCUAUUUAGAAUCGGGAUGUAUAGGAAUCGAAUGUGAAUCGUUUUUUUGUGUGUGUGUGCAUCUCCCACCGUUUUGUCAUUUAAUCUUUUUUAAUAAUUGCCUUCCUGUUAACUUAUUAACUAACAUUAGCCAUUAGCACCUGGACCUAUUUACUAUUUCUUGAUCUUUUCCCUCAAAAAAAAAAGAAAAGAAAAAGUGGUGGCUGACAAGAGUGUGGAUCCGCCUCCAACAAAUGGAGUCUUGCAUGCUGCAUGUGAUAGUGCUGAGCGCCCCCUGCUGGGCAAGAAUCAAAUGUGAGUUUUUACAUUUUUAAAUUGAAAAGGCCUUUUUUCCCCCUACUUUGGAACAAGUUGCCUCAGAAGUCUGCAGUGUUGCGACUGAACCUGGUCUUAUGUUAUGCUGAGACUUGACUGACACUUGAAUGACUCGGUUAUCUUACAUUUGCAAAAGGAACACUUUACUGUGAAUUAAACACGCUGUGAGGUGAGAUAAAUAUAAAACGGACAGAUUUUUUGUUUUUAUUUCUAACAAUAAGAAGCCUUAGAAAUGGUAACGUGAACACAAAGGAGACUUAAAUGUUCUGAUCAUGCCUUUUUUUUCCCCCCAAAAAGCAGACUCACUCCACAUUCCUAAACAUGACUCCACUCGACCAGCAGCUGUUUGUCAUCCCACAAAAUACUGUAAUAUACUUCUUCUAACUCUGUCAAACGUGCGUGACGAUGUCUUUUUUAAUAUUUGAAUGCUUUAAAAAUCAAAGUUGUUGUAUGUGGAAAUGCUGUCUUUCAUCAGUCGCCAAGGUACAACUGCCACCGCUGUUCAGGUGAAUGAAUGACAAAAAAACAAAAAAAAAUCUGUCAUGUUUGUUUCCGUGCGACGUUUUUUGACAUGGACUUUAAUGUUAAAUGCUGUUGUCAUGGAGACCUUUUUAAAUGUAUGCCUCUUGGGAAAUGUGAGUCCACGUAACACACUUGACCGGUGGAUUGAGGUGGCCUUACAGCAAAAGAACGCUCAGAUUGUUUUUGCAGUCUUUAUUUUUCUCCUUAUUUGACUUUUAAAUUGCAUUUUUAAAGCGCCCGUCAUUCUACGCCUCUAUUCUGAGCAUUUGUUGUGUUUUUUUUGUCUUUUUUUUUUUUUACAUGCUUUUUAAGAAAAAAUAAAUAAAAAUGCUGGUGUUGAUUUAUUCAUCAGA